GUUUAUUAAUGACUUGCCAGUUUAUCGCUUCUCCAGCUCAAAAAGGGAUUUUUUAUUUAUAAAUAUCAUCUCUUAUUAAACCAAUUAAUCACUUUUCCUUUAUCGGCAAGUUUAGUCUAUUUAAAAUGGCUUCUCUUUCAAGCUACUUACCAGGGACAGCUAGUCUUGUAGAGGAAAUUGACAAGAAGUUACUCGUAGUGUUACGUGACGGUCGGACGUUGAUUGGAUUCUUAAGGAGCAUCGAUCAGUUCGCGAAUCUGGUUCUUCAGGAUACAAUCGAGCGAAUUCACGUCGGUAAGAAGUACGGUGACAUCGAAAGAGGAAUAUUCGUCGUUCGAGGAGAAAACGUUGUUUUGUUAGGAGAAGUGGAUGAUGAUUUACAAAAGAAACUGUUAAAAGAAGUAUCGGUAGAACAAAUCCUCGAAUUACAAAGGAAAGAAGAAGCGUUAAAAGCCGAAGAAAGAGAGAGGAAGCAAAAAGCAUUAAAAGAGAGAGGUCUAUUCGCAACAGCGAGCGAAAUGAACGACGAUUACUACUAA